AGAGGAGUGUCCUUCGAAGAACAAGGAUUUCCAGGGUGGUCUUUGGAAGUAUCAAGCUUCAAGGAUUUGCUCGCGAGAAGAUUGGAACUCUGUGAUUUUCAUGCGAGAGAAUUGGAGCUCUGUGACUUUCCCUCCAAAAUGAUACUAGAUCGAAACUAGAAAUAAACGUAUGCCAGUUUAAAACGAAGUUCUCCAUUCUAGGGUUUAGGGUUUUAGGCGAGCGCGAUGGCGCUCAAGCGCAAGCGCAAUGGCACCGUGACAGCAGCAGCAGCAGCAGCGGCUGCGGCUGGAGAUCGGAUUGUCUCUCGGGAUCUCUCUCGUGACGACGUGCGAGAUCCAAGUCCGUCUACCUCGGAAGAGUUGGAUGCGGCUACGGCAUACAGCACGCUUAUCGCGACGCUAAAGUCGCGUGGUGGGGGGCAAACUUGUGGUUUUCAAACGAAGGAAAGGGACCAUAGCAGUGACGAUGUGCCAAAUGCUGAUACCGAGAGAAAUGGUGGACUUUCGGACAAAGAAGAUACCGAGCCAGAUCAGUCUGAUGAUGAGUUCCAGGAUGACGAUGGUGACGAAAUUCUAGAGGAGCAAGUGGACGACGAGAAUCUGGAGACAAGCACUGUCGACGAAUUCAAAGUGCACUUAGAUCACAAACUAGGAGAAGGGGAAAUUGCUGAGCUUGAUAGCGCCAAGUCCAAACUGAAUGUGGAAAAUAUUGCUUCGGGCUUCUUGAAUUCGAAAUGGAUUAUCGACAAGGAAAAGUUUCCCAAGGCGGAAAGUAAACUCUCCCAUUACAAUGUCAAAGCACGGUUGCGAAGUCAAUGGGCGAAUGUGGCGAAGCGAAAGUUUGGGGAUUUUCAAAGUGAGCACCAGUGUCAAUUUUAUUCUUUGUGCAACAGUUACUACGAUAUUUUACACACAAGGAAAGGAGGGAAGAAAUUGUCUUCUGAAACGAUGGAUGCCUGCCUUCUUCAUAUCAUAAACCAUGUUUUGAAAACAAAAGAUCUGGUCAGCAAGAACAACGACAAGUUGCAUAAUCGUGAACCUACUGGUGUUUUUAACAGUCCUCGAGAUCAAGGAUUCACUCGUCCCAAGGUUCUGGUAUUGUUGCCCAUGAGAAACUUAGCACUGAAGCUUGUGAAGCGUCUUCUAGCAUUGGCUCCUCCAACACAAAAGGCUACCGUUGAUUUCAAGCAACGGUUUUUCGAUGAUUUUGGUUUGGGUGAAGAAGACAAAGACGAUAAGCAAGCCUCAAAACCAGCAGAUUUUAAGUUUAUAUUCGAUGGGAACAAUGACGAUCAUUUCAGGAUUGGAAUAAAAUUUACGAGAAAAGCGGUCAAACUUUACAGCGACUUCUUAUCGUCAGAUAUAAUACUUGCAUCACCUCUCGGUCUAACUACUAGCAUUCAAGAAGCAAAAGCUGAUACCAGUAAAAACAUCGACUUUUUAUCUUCCAUAGAAAUUUUGGUCAUAGAUUUUGCGGAUGUAAUAUUGAUGCAGAACUGGUCACACGUUGUGUCGUUGUUUGAUCACAUAAACAAGAUGCCUUCAAAGCAGCAUGAUACUGACAUAAUGAGAAUUCGCGAAUGGUACUUGGAUGGUCAUGCACGAUAUUUUCGUCAAACGAUUUUUCUUUCAUCGUAUCCUGAUGCAGCUAUCAAUGCUUUGUUUUUUCGGCAGUGUGUCAAUCAUACGGGCAAGGCCAAGUUACAAUGUCGUUACGAUGGCGUGCUUUCAAAUAUAAUGUUGCAAGUUCGUCAGGUGUAUGAGGGUGUGCAGUGUGAAUCAAUUACAGACGUCGAUGACGCAAGAUUCGAAUUUUUUACAAAACAGCUCUUUCCAAGGAUCAAGGAGUCAUUGCAGGGAGGAACCAUGCUAUUUGUUCGUUCUUAUUUUGACUUCGUACGGCUCCGAAACUUUCUCAAGGCCGAAAGUGCAUCCUUUUGUCUCCUGGGAGAGUAUACAAAAUCAAGCGAUGUUUCCCGGUCACGAACCUGGUUUUUCCACGGCCAAAGAAGAAUCAUGCUGUACACUGAGCGCGCACAUUUCUAUCACCGCUACCAAAUACGGGGCAUACGCGAACUGAUAUUCUACUCACUACCGGAUCACGCAAACUUCUACUCCGAGAUGGUCAAUAUGCUUGGCGGCGGACAGAAUCCUUCCUGUACUGUAAUUUACUCCAAAUUCGACAAACUGCAACUCGAGAGAAUCGUGGGAACUCAACGAGCGCAAAAGCUUCUCGCAUCUAAAGAAACGAUGAUGUUCUUCUAGGCAAAAAAAUGCUUGGACCUUUCAUAUACCAAGUCGAGCGUUUAGUACGAAGAAAAGUUCUACCAACUUAAACUAUGCUUUAUUAGCUUUUAAACCAACUUAAACGAAACUUGAGCUUUAUUAACCUUU